AUGGCGCAGGAUGUUGCGCGAGAAAAAGAUCGGGGCGCCCUUCAAGAGCGAACGGGACGUAAGUUGUCCGCCAUGGGUUCCCAGGAUGAAGGACUGGUUGAAGAAGACCAGCGACAUGAUCUUUAUAAUGAUACAAGAGAAGUGAGAUCUCUGAGUCUUGAAAAAGAGGCAGGGAAAGCUCAGAAUGAGGUGUCGAUGGAGAGCUAG